AUGUCUGGGACAGGACCUCGCGAAAAUGUCUUCCCCACGCGCAUGGCCCUCACCAAUACCAAAUUGCGGCUAAAGGGGGCGCAGACGGGCCAUUCGCUACUCGCCAAGAAGCGCGAUGCGCUGACGGCGAGAUUCCGGGCCAUACUCCGGAAAGUCGAUGAAGCGAAGCGCAAGAUGGGCCGAGUCAUGCAGCUUGCGUCCUUCUCCCUGGCCGAAGUCACAUAUGCUACCGGCGACAUAUCCUACCUCGUCCAGGAACAAGUCAAGACGGCGACGUUUAGAGUCAAGGCAAAGCAGGAGAACGUCUCCGGUGUCGUCCUUCCUGCUUUUGAGGUCGAACGCGUACCAGGAACUGACUUCAACCUCACAGGUCUCGGACGCGGAGGCCAGCAAGUUCUGCGCUCGAAAGAGGUUUACGCGAAGGCGGUCGAGACGCUGGUCGAGCUUGCAUCUCUGCAAACAGCAUUCAUGAUCCUCGAUGAGGUCAUCCGCGCAACCAACCGCCGCGUGAACGCCAUCGAACAUGUCAUUAUUCCCCGUCUGGAGAACACCGUAAAGUAUAUCACGAGCGAGCUUGACGAGAUGGACCGAGAGGAGUUCUUCCGACUGAAGAAAGUUCAAGCAAAGAAGAAGCGGGAUGCCGAGGCAGCGGAAGCUCUGAAACGCACUCUUACACAAAGUGAAACAGAACCCGAGGUCACUAUAGGUGGCGGGGGCGGCGACCUGCUCAGCAGUAAGGACGAAGACGUCAUUUUCUGA